CUCUCUCUCUCUCUCUCUCAAGGAAAUCUUGAACGCUUGAUCGCAUUCUGACGCUUAGAACGAACGAACGAUAAUGGCACUCAUCAAGUUUCUCGUGGCGAUAGCGGUUACAACCGCAAUCGCAAUCGCAAUCAUCACAACCAUGACCACAACCGCUGUAGAUCGUCACGUCAAGAACGACGUUCAAGAAACGAAGAUCCGUUUGAAUCCUGAGCCGAAGCCGAGCAGAUUCUUGGCCCAAGUGGAGAAGCCUAGGAAUCCAAACGCUGCGGACCACUGCCACAAGAACCCAGAGAUAUGCAGCAAUUAUGGCGGGAACGCAACCGCGUGUUGUAACAACAAGUGCGUGGACUUGUCCUACGACGACAAGAACUGCGGGUCGUGCCAGAACAAGUGCAAGUUCUCGCAGACGUGUUGUCGCGGUCAGUGCGUUUACUUGGCUUAUGACAAACGCCACUGCGGUCAGUGCAACCACCGUUGUCCGGUCGGCGAGUUCUGCGUUUACGGACUCUGCAACUACGCUUGAUCUAAAAAAAGAACCCCUACAUGCAAGAGGGGAAGUAAACUAUAUAUUCAUUAUUAAUAUAUGAUCUAAAUGAUUUGAUUAUUAAAAUAUAUUAAGAUUUUGGGCCGUUUCUCAACAAUGUUUUGAGGGGUAUAUAUAUGCAUAAAUCAAGAAUUGAUUUCGAAUUUUACCUUUUUAUUUUAUACGAAUAAAAGGAACAGCAAACGUUUCCAUAUUG